CCUUUUCGUCCAUAACCCAUGACCGAAGUCAUUCUCUGACUCAUAACCUCCUUUGACAACUCGUGAAAUAUUUUUGCAUUUGCACGUGUGUGUUUCGGGUUUUUCAUUAAUAAUCAUCGUUAUUAUUACAAAUAUACUAAAACGAUCGACGAGAAAGACACUUAAGAGAUUGAAGGCCAACACAAUGUCGUCGAGGAAUCCAAUGAGAAGAAUCAACGAGCUGGAAUCAAGAAUAGACUAUGUCCAGUGCGAUGGUCUGGCAGCAAUGAAGAUCAUCAAACAUUGUCACGAAGAAUCGACAAGUAAUAUGGAAGUAGCCCAAGGCGCUCUUCUCGGGCUGGUUGUUCAGAAUCGUCUGGAAGUCACUAACUGCUUCCCAUUUCCAAAAAACGACGAAUUAACGGAGGAGGAGGAGUACCAGCUGGCAGUUAUGCGGCGUCUUAGAAGAGUCAAUGUCGAUCAUUUUCACGUUGGCUGGUACCAGAGUGCAGAUGUCGGUAAUUUCUUGAGCGUCAGUCUUCUGGAAUCUCAAUAUCACUAUCAGACAUCAAUCGAAGAAUCUGUGGUUGUCAUUUAUGAUACAGCCAAGUCAGGUAGAGGGUUUCUGACGAUCAAAGCUUAUCGUCUGACCCCGCAGGCUAUUCAAAUGUACAAAGAAGGUGAAUUUACCCCCGAGGCCCUUCGCACCCUCAAAAUUGGCUACGAAAAUCUCUUCAUCGAGAUUCCAAUUGUCGUCAGAAAUAGUAAUUUGACAAAUAUAAUGAUAUCUGAGCUGGAGGAAAUGAUUCCAGAGGAACAGGGGACUAAGUAUCUUGAUCUGGGAACAGCAUCAGUCCUUGAAGGACAGCUCAGGUGCAUGAUGGAUCGCGUUGAUGAACUCAAUCAGGAAGCUAUUAAAUUUAACCGGUAUCAACAUCUUGUUGUUCGUCAACAACAAGACAAGAAUCGUCUGCUUCAGAAGAGAGCCCAAGAAAAUGCUGCCAGAGUUGCCAAGGAUGAACCUCCCCUGCCUGAUGAUGAUAUCAACAAGCUGCUGAGGCCUCUUCCCGUACCACCCCGCCUCAACCCCAUGAUCGUUGCAGGACAGAUCAGUACUUACAGCCAGCACAUUUCACAGUUCUGUGCUCAGAGUCUUGCGAAAUUAUACAUUACGCAGAGUUUACAGACUGCUAAGGAAGCUAAGUCUACAAAUUGAUGGAUAUGAAGAAUCAACAGUCAUUCCUAAACAUGAGUGUAAAAUCAUCCAGCUAUUGAACUACUCCAAUUUGUAAUUCGAAAUAAUAUUGAAUAAAAAAGUGAGAAAUA